ACCCCCUACUGUGGGAGCUGAAAAGGAACGUCAUUUGCCUCGUACAUUUAGCUUUAGCCUCAAAUUAGCUUGACUACUUUUAAAUCAGAAAUGUAUUCUCUCAAAUAGAGCCGCUCUUUCUCUUAGCCAUCAACCUCGGACAGCGUUAACACUUCGCCCUCUUUUGAUUUACGACAGGAAACAUGUAUAUAAAGGCCUUAUUCCGAUGCAGGGACAUGCUAAAGGGAGAAUUCUUCGUGUGAGAUGCUGGCUAGCCUUCGAGCAGGGGCCAAAAACCGAAAGUGGCUAACAGCACCGAGGGUUAACUCGUCACCAGCAAACCUGUGGGCUUUCUCACAUCUGCCCUAGGCUCCCGAAGGUGGACAGACUGAAACGGUGCCUUUCCUACAACGAAGCAGGGGCUCCGUCUGUCUAAGGCCGAGGCAUGGGGGCGUUUCUGGACAAACCCAAAACGGAGAAGCACAACUCUCAUGGCGAGGGCAAAGGAUUGCGCUACGGGUUGAGCUCCAUGCAGGGCUGGCGGGUGGAGAUGGAGGACGCUCACACAGCUGUGCUGGGACUCCAGGCUCCCGGCAUGACCGAUUGGUCUUUCUUCGCCGUGUACGACGGCCACGCUGGAUCCAGGGUCGCCACCUACUGCUCGAAGCACCUUCUUGAACACAUAAUCACUGCGAGCGUAGGCACUGGCGGCAAACAAGUCUUGCAAGUCGGACCAGACGGUUGCGGCUCUGACUGUCAAGCGCUUCCUCCUCCUGCUGUGGAGGCUGUGAAAGCCGGCAUCCGCACUGGUUUCCUGAGAAUCGACGAGCACAUGCGCAGCUUCUCCGACCUCCGGAACGGCAUGGACCGCAGCGGCUCAACGGCGGUGGGGAUUCUCCUGUCGCCAGAGCACUUUUUCUUUAUUAACUGCGGGGAUUCCCGAGCCGUUCUGUACCGCAACUCGCAGGUGUGCUUCUCUACACUCGACCACAAGCCUUGCAACCCCCGCGAGAGGGAGCGCAUCCAGAACGCGGGAGGCUCUGUGAUGAUCCAGAGAGUUAACGGGUCCUUGGCGGUCUCGAGAGCCUUGGGGGACUAUGAUUACAAGUGCGUGGACGGCAAGGGCCCCACGGAGCAACUGGUUAGCCCUGAACCAGAAGUGUACGUGAUGGUUCGGGCACCGGAACAAGAUCAGUUCAUUAUUCUGGCUUGCGAUGGCAUCUGGGAUGUCAUGUCCAAUGAGGAAUUGUGUGAAUUUGUGAAAUCUAGACUAGAGGUGUGUAAUGACCUGGAGAGAGUCUGUAACGAAGUGGUGGAUACCUGCCUGCACAAGGGAAGUCGAGAUAACAUGAGUAUUGUUUUAGUCUGUUUGCCCAAUGCUCCCAAAGUAUCCGAGGAAGCUGUGAGGAGAGAAGCUGAGGUCAACAAAUAUCUGGAGGCUCGAGUGGAAGAAAUGCUGUCUCGGCCCCGAGACGACGCUUUUCCGGAUCUGGUGACGGUGAUGAGGAACCUAGCCUCCGACAGCGGGAUGCCCCCUCUGCCACCAGGGGGUGGACUCGCUAGCAAACGCAGUGUUAUCGAAGCAGUGUACAACCGUCUGAAUCCUUACAAGGAGGAAGAUGGACCCUCCUGUUUCAUUUGAGUGGAGCAGAUUUGGAGUGCCACUGGUAGCUGUCCAGCACAACCGCCUGAUCCAAAAAACAAACAAAACUCCACAGGACCACUAUUCCACAUGAGAUUGCAUCAUUUUUAAAUUUUUCAUCUGAGAGAAUAAUCAUUGUAAUGCUCACCCAAUCUGGAGGACCACAAGUGGAUUAAAAUGCUUUUUUGUUUGUUUGUUUGUAAACUAGGAAACUGCACUACAGACAUACACGUAUAAUACAAAAUCCAGUGGAAACUCAAGAAAGUGCAGUUUUGUUUGGGUUUUUUCGGUUUCAUUUUUGUUGCUUUCCGUUGUGGAUUGACAGAGACACGGGAGCAGUUCCGCUCUGACGGCUUUGGGACUUUAUGGUGCCUUGCAGAGACCUGAGAGAAGAAGAAGAAGAGGGGCCCUCACAACUCCACCGGCUGGCCGCCAUCACAGAGAAACCAGCCGCUCACACGUCCUUAUGAGACAGAGGACGCUUCAGUGGUUUUUGUGGCAUUAUUUGUUUUCAAAGUGUUUUUAUUAUAUCUUCUGACUGAGAGCUUAUCGACCACACAAACUCCGCAAUAAGCUACUACGCCGUACGGGGAAGUUGUCUGCUUUUACUGCAAUGUAACGGUCAUGAAACUCCACCAACCACAUCCAAAGACUUCUGGGUAAAAAUCCUCCAAACGGAUCACCUGAGAGUGUGUGUGUGUGUGUGUGUUUCCGUCUUGGUUUGAGCUGCGGCUCCUGAAACGGGCGGGUUUGCUCCUCCACACAUGAACUCCAGUGUGACUCUUCUUGCACGUCUCUGCUCACUGUCUCCACUCUCGCCUGCCAAAAGAUGCAACAGUUCAUCAUUUCCCUCCUCCUGCUACUUCUCUCUGCUUCCUGUCUCCUCCGGUAAAAACAUUCUGCAGUGCAUUGGUAAACCUCGCCAGAAUCAUAAACUUUAGAGCCUGCUCUUCUUUAUAGGAAUAGAGAUAGCUAUUAUAUAUAAAAUUUAUAUAUAUAUAUAUAAAUAUAUUUUUUUGUUGCAUUUCCAACCCUGGUAUUCAUUGUGGCCUAAUAUGUUUUUUGGUCAUUUCUGUGUGUGUGUGUUUAAGCUUAGAUAUAUCAACGAGAGAACAGAAACAUUAAGAUUAGGCGUGCACAGGUGUUGCUCCAGCACAAAAGCCUUCCAAUUAAAGGGUUUGGAGAUGAAGACAUUCCAGUUUCACCUUCCUCCUCUUUGCCUUUUUAUCCACAACACAUGGGCCAAUACACGCACGCAAUCCUGCUCAUGCUACAACUUGCCUUUCUAUCCAUCUCUUGAAUAACUUCUCUGGAAGGUUAGAAAGAAAAGCCUUUUUGUUUUACCUGAAAACAUUCUUUUUUUUUUUUUUUCCUGUGAUGAUUUUUUUUUCUUUUUAGGGGAUUAAGUGAGUUGUGAUUCUGUUGCUUAUGGAUCAGUGAAACCUAGAGAGGAAUAUGAAACGUAACGGGAGAAGGCGAGUUUUUCUUUUUGGGUGCGUUAGUGAUUGACGUAAAGGAGCACACUGGGAGGCAUAUGUUUCAGUUUUUUUUUUUAUUUUAUUUUUUUUUAUUAAAGCUAACUUUGGAUGGAUGUCUUCCAGGACCAAAAUUGAAGGAAAGCAUCUUUGGUUUAGUUAUUCUUUACCAAAUACUUUGAGCUAAUUUCUCUGAACGAAUGCAAAAGCGAAGUACAUUUCGCAAUUUAAAAGCAAAUGGUUCUCUUUGCAGAGGACUGGGUUGGUUGACGCAUCUGUGGUACUCUUUACUCUCGGUGCCAUAUGACAAAUAGGUACUUGAAGUUCUUUUGCAGUUUGCAAUGAUUACUUUGGACCAGGAGUAAUGGGGGGGGGGGAGAGCUUGAUUUAUUGUGGUGGGACACGACAGACGGGAGGGGAUAACGUGGGGACGUUCACUGUGGGGGAACACAGUGUUGAUGAGGAAAUGUGUGAAAAGUUAAAGCGGAAGAAUCUUUAGGGAACUAAGGUGACCGGUUUUGGUCAAACCAAAUUAUAUUCGAUUUACAUCAGUUAUUUGACCGGCUGUGUAGACUCCAGGUGAUAUUCAUAAAAUAUUCCUAGCUUUUAACAUUGAAUAAACUCCUUCCACAUUGAACAGGAUAAACAUUUCUACAUCAGACACUGGGAUCUGAGGCAAGAAAAAUCUGAACGUUGUUUUUUUCCUGAAUGUAACUCCUCAUUACUCACGUUUUUUGUUUUUCCGACUACUGGAGCUUCACAUUCUCUAUGCUUACUAUUUUUUUUUUUGGUGUUGUUUAAACUGUUUAAUGAUUCUAGUUGUCGAAAGUAUGAGAACUGUCAUGGGAGCCGGCGGCGUUUCUGGAUAUUCAGUGAUGUCUGGAUAUUUUUCACUGAUUUGUUGCUACGGUGUGUAGAGAGUUGAGCCACGGUUUUAGGAAACCUUGGUUCGUCAAAUGCUGCAAACGGGAGUCAAGAAUGUGGAGACAUGAACACGGGGGGUAACUAUUACGAGGCUUUAUGGAGAAAAAUGACUGCUUAUGUCUUUGUUCAGCCCACUAUGUUCAUUUAUAACUAACAUUUGUAUAGUCGCAAUGGUAACUUCCAGAUCACCCUUUUUCUUUUAUUUAUUCCAAGUGUUCUAGUUCACAUUACGGCUUUUACUUUAAGGCUGAUUUGAAGAAACUUUGACCUUUCAGAUGACUAAAGAAGGGCCAGCUUGAGUUUUUUGCCACACCUUUUAUUUUUUUCUUCUUCCUGUACUGAUUUAUGCUGUUAAGUUUACAAACCGUACAGUGAACAUAACCGCCAAUAAAAGAUGGAUUUAUGUUAAAA